AUGGAUAUAAAACCAUAGAACGUAAUCACAUUUAAGAAUUUAUAGUAAUUGUUAAAAGAAUUGAGUUACAAGUUUGUUAUUUCUAGUUUGACGAAAUCUGAAUUUAUAGAAGAAAUGAAGACUGUAAGAGAUGGAUAUUCAAGGUAUAUAGUAUCCAGCUCAUGA